GAAAUCGCGCGUGUCCACGCCGAUAUACUUGAGCCGCAGCUUCGUGCCUGAAUUAAAAGCGACAAUUUUCCACAGGGCUGUCGCGCUUCGUGGCUAGUACCAUUCGACCGAAAGCCGUUGGGCUAAGUGAUUUUCGCACCGUCGCUACCGCUGAAGCAACAGUUUUCGAGCCGUACUACGCGAAAAGGUGUCACGUUUCGUCGGACGAAAGAAAUUGUUUAUAUUUCGUUCAAGCUACCCAACGCCGGUGACGACUAAACAGAGGCUAGCCUACGGUAUAAAAUCGAGAAGCGAGGAAAUAUGGGCUACGGCACGGAAAUGGACAGCUGCGGACGCUGUAUGAAGUAUUCCCUGUUCUUCGUGAACUUCGUGAUCUUCAUCGGCGGAGUCGUACUAGUCGGCCUAGCGACGUGGGCCCUGUUAGACAAAGUGCCAUGGAUAGGGGAAUUGGUAGGAAACGAUCUUCUAACAGGCGCCAUUUACGUUCUGCUAGCCGGUGGGGUUAUCGUCGCUAUUGUCUCUUUCUUCGGUUGCAUCGGUGCGUCGCGGGAAAUCAAAUGCAUGCUUCUCACGUACUUCAUCAUCGUGUUUCUUCUGUUCGUGACCAUGUUAAUUGGCGGAGUGCUCGCGUACGUGUUCCGUGAAAAAUUGGUGAACACGCUCGAGAGGGAAAUGUCGAGUUCGAUGAGAGUUUACGAUACUCGUAAAACAGUGAGAGAGGCAUGGGAUACGACUCAGUCGACGCUCCAUUGCUGCGGUGUAAACGGCUGGAGAGACUGGGGAACCCAGGGACUCAACGUUCCAGAGAGCUGCUGUCGCGAGAUCCAACCUGGCCAGCGAUUCAAAUGCAACGGCGGACCAGACACGGUGAAUCCCUCGAAUGCCUAUCUCGUCGGUUGCAUCAAUGGAACGCAGAUUUACAUGCAGAAGCACGCGACAAUCAUGGGUGGCGCUGGUAUUGCAGUCGCGUGCCUCAUGUUCUUCGGCAUGAUAUUCUCGUGCGUUCUCUUCAAGAUGAUAGAAUGACGCGAGAGUUGUGUGGUCUAAAAGACAGCAGCGCAGCUUCGUCGUAUCUCGCAGCCGAGCUAAUGAAGAAGAAGAAGUGGAUGUCAGCCGUCCUCGAGCGACUCAUGAAUUCAUAAUCAACGUCAUCGUCAUUGAGUGUACCUAAGCUGAAGUACGAGAAUCAAAAUGCAUCUUCACGCGCAUCUACUUUCCGAUGUACAGUUUCUCACCGUUUUUCUUUCCUUACUUCCCUCUGCCCCCUUCCCCCUUUUAUUUUUGUUACACUUAGCAUUAUACUCGAUGUACCUUUGUUUUACGGUUGCUCUUUUUGUAAUUUAUCAGGAAUACCACGAGUAUUCUUCUUUAAUAUAAUAUAUACAUAUACAGUGUACUAUAUAUACAUAUAAUUUGUAUGGUAACACGAUAUGUACCUCUGUACAUGUAAUUAAUAUAACACGUGUACAAACGACCAUUAAAACCAAUUUGCGUUUCGAUAAUGUAUACGGAAUCGAUCGGGCCCCUGGAUUCUGUUGGCCGCUGUUGCACCAAGAUUCCCGUGAUGCAACACGGUUAACGAGAGAAGUUCCGUGCGAAUUUCGCAUCGCACAACGACGUGUCUUUCCUCGACAGAUAUCCAAUCGCUUCCUUUAAUUCGGUUAGCGCAAAUCUGCAUGCGUCAGAAUGUUUCCCCUGUUGCAAAUCCUAUUCAGACGUACCCUUUGCUCUCCCCUCAUAUCCUGUCUAUCCGAAACGGUGAAACAGACAUGCAUGAAAUGGAUGGUUCCCACGUAGUGAAGGAUUAAUCGCUAACUUUCGACCAUGCGAACGAUGUUUUGAAGAAAAAAAGACUACGAAUAUUUGUAAACGAAGUUUAUUUACGAUAUUAUAC